AAAGCUAGGAAGCACUGGACAGCUGUUUCGACCUGUUCAGUCUUUUUUUACGCCCCGGAUAAUGACACAAAAAUCGCCGGCCUCUACGAUUUGCAGCAUACCAUCGGUCGGGGGCACUACGCCGUGGUCAAAUUGGCACGACAUGUCUUUACCGGUGAAAAGGUCGCAGUCAAAGUUAUUGACAAGACCAAAUUAGAUGAUAUUGCUCAAGACCAUCUGUUCCAAGAAGUUGUUUGCAUGAAGCUUGUUCAACAUCCAAAUGUGGUUCGUUUGUACGAGGUGAUCGAUACUCCGAACAAACUGUACCUAAUUUUGGAGCUCGGAGAUGGCGGGGAUCUGUACGACUAUAUCAUGAAACACGGGAGUGGACUGAGUGAACGGUUGGCUAAACGAUACUUUCGUCAGAUUGUCACUGCAAUCGCUUACUGUCAUAAACUACAUGUUGUUCAUCGUGACUUAAAGCCGGAGAAUGUAGUCUUCUUCGAGAAGUUAGGUUUGGUCAAACUAACGGAUUUCGGUUUCAGUAAUCGCUUCACUCCGGGAACGCACUUGGAUACAGCAUGUGGUUCACUGGCUUACUCGGCUCCAGAGAUCCUGCUUGGUGACUCGUACGAUGCACCGAAAGUGGAUAUAUGGUCUUUAGGGGUUAUUCUGUACAUGCUGGUUUGUGGUCGAUUACCGUUUCAGGAGACUAACGACAGCGAAACCCUCACGAAAAUCAUGGAUUGUGAGUAUACCAUCCCCGAUUAUCUGUCCUCUGAGUGUUCCAGCCUGAUUCGACGAUUGCUUAUACGAGACCCAGCAAAACGCGCUCAUUUGGACGAUGUUUUACAGGCCGAUUGGCUUCGGAUUGACGAUAACGAUUUACCAAUCGAGCUAUUCUCUGUUCCUUUGGUCUCUCGUGAGUGUUUGUCGUUUGAAGAUCAUAUGGAAAUUCUCUCCAAAAUCUACCUAUUUCUUGCUGGCCGAACGGAAGCUAAAACGAAACUAUAUCGAGGAGUAUAA